AUGGGCAUUCUCGACAAGGCAAAGGACGCUAUCAGCCACCACGGCCAGAACAAGAACUCGGGCUCGGACAACUACAACGACAACACCACCGGCGACUCGUACAACUCGGGCAACCAGUCAUACGGCCAGCAGGACUCGUCGUACGGCGGUGCCUCGAGCGGAUUCGACUCGACCUCGGACCGCUUUGGCUCGUCCGGCAACCAGGGCUCGGGCGGCUUCACCUCCGGCAACAACGACAACAACCAGGACGAUUCGUUCUCCAACUCGCGCAGGGCAGGCGCUGACGAGGGCGACUCUUUCGGAGGCGCUUCGGGUGGUUUCGACUCGACGUCUGACCGCUACGGCUCGGGCGGAAACGACGACUCGUACGGCAGCGGCGGCGCUGGGAGGUCGUCCGGCCUCGGCGCCAGCGACAUGACGAGCGGCCGCCAGUCGAACUUUGACAGCGGCUCGCAGUCGUACGGAGACAACUCGUACGGAUCGAACCGCGCCUCGGGCUUCGACGACUCGUCGAACAUCUCUGACACGGGCAACCGCCUCGACUCGUCGUACGGCGGUGGCAGCGGCAGGGGCGCUGACUUCCAGGCCAGCGGAGGCGGAUCUGCCUACGGUGACGGCCAGACCGACUUUGGCGGCGCCGGCCGCAACAACGACGGGCAGUACGGCGACAGCUCGUUCGGAGGCUCGAGCGGCAACCAGGGCUAUGGCCAGGACCAGACGCAGUACGGCGGCGGAAACCAGUACGGCGGCGAGCGCGACAACUACCCGUAA